AUGCCGGCUGCUGGCUCAAGUCACGUGAUGCGGGUCUUGUCGUCAGUCACACGCGGGCUGUCGUCUGCGGGUCCCACGGUAUAUGGUCCCAGUCAGGGUCACACGGUAUAUGGUCCCAGUCAGGGUCACACGGUAUAUAGUCCCAGUCAGGGUCCCACGGUAUAUGGUCCCAGGGUCCCACGGUCCCACGGUAUAUGGUCCCAGGGUCCCACGGUAUAUGGUCCCAGGGUCACACGGUAUAUGGUCCCAGUCAGGGUCACACGGUAUAUAGUCCCAGUCAGGGUCCCACGGUAUAUGGUCCCAGGGUCCCACGGUCCCACGGUAUAUGGUCCCAGGGUCCCACGGUAUAUGGUCCCACGGUCACACGGUAUAUGGUCCCAAGGUCACACGGUAUAUGGUCCCAGGGUCACACGGUAUAUGGUCCCAGGGUCCCACGGUAUAUGGUCCCAGGGUCACACGGUAUAUGGUCCCAGGGUCCCACGGUAUAUGGUCCCAGGGUCACACGGUAUAUGGUCCCAGUCAGGGUCACACGGUAUAUGGUCCCAGGGUCACACGGUAUAUGGUCCCAAGGUCACACGGUAUAUGGUCCCAGGGUCACACGGUAUAUGGUCCCAGGGUCCCACGGUAUAUGGUCCCAGGGUCAUACGGUAUAUGGUCCCAGGGUCACACAGUAUAUGGUCCCAGGGUCACACGGUAUAUGGUCCCAGGGUUACACGGUAUAUGGUCCCAGGGUCACACGGUCCCACGGUAUAUGUUCCCAGGGUCAUACGGUAUAUGGUCCCAGGGUCACACGGUAUAUGGUCCCAGUCAGGGUCACACGGUAUAUGGUCCCAGUCAGGGUCACACGGUAUAUGGUCCCAGGGUCACACAGUAUAUGGUCCCAGUCAGGGUCACACGGUAUAUGGCCCCAGUCAGGGUCACACGGUAUAUGGUCCCAGGGUCACACAGUAUAUGGUCCCAGGGUCACACGGUAUAUGGUCCCAGGGUCACACGGUAUAUGGUCCCAGGGUCACACAGUAUAUGGUCCCAGUCAGGGUCACACGGUAUAUGGCCCCAGUCAGGGUCACACAGUAUAUGGUCCCAGGGUUACACGGUAUAUGGUCCCAGUCAGGGUCACACGGUAUAUGGUCCCAGGGUCACACGGUAUAUGGUCCCAGGGUUACACGGUAUAUGGUCCCAGUCAGGGUCACACGGUAUAUGGUCCCAGGGUCACACGGUAUAUGGUCCCAGGGUCACACGGUAUAUGGUCCCAGUCAGGGUCACACGGUAUAUGGUCCCAGGGUCACACGGUCCCACGGUAUAUGGUCCCAGGGUCACACGGUAUAUGGUCUCAGUCAGGGUCACACGGUAUAUGGUCUCAGUCAGGGUCACACGGUAUAUGGUCCCAGUCAGGGUCACACGGUAUAUGGUCCCAGGGUCACACAGUAUAUGGUCCCAGGGUCACACGGUAUAUGGUCCCAGUCAGGGUCACACGGUAUAUGGUCCCAGUCAGGGUCACACGGUAUAUGGUCCCAGGGUCACACGGUAUAUGGUCCCAGGGUCACACGGUAUAUGGUCCCAGGGUCACACGGUAUAUGGUCCCAGGGUCACACGGUAUAUGGUCCCAGUCAGGGUCACACGGUAUAUGGUCCCAGUCAGGGUCACACGGUAUAUGGUCCCAGGGUCACACGGUAUAUGGUCCCAGUCAGGGUCACACGGUAUAUGGUCCCAGGGUCCCACGGUAUAUAG